ACUACGUGAAUGAUCGUUUACAGGUGAAGAAUCUGAAAUCUAUUUUUAGCAACACUCAUAGUAAUGUUCCAAAUAUUUCCGGAGCGACCACAUGCUGGGUAUUUAUUUCUACAAUGCUGAUUAUGUUGUAAAGCUGGAUUUUCUAAGGGAAGCACAAUGCAACUGAACGUUUUACAACUAGGAUGUUGUCUCACUCUUGUGCAAGCUGUACUGGCAUACACCGACAAGGAACUAAAAGAUAUGUUUAAAGAAACUUUUGGUAAUAUAGAAAAGGAGACAAUAAAUGGAGAGGUGACUGUAGACUACGGAAGUGUACCAACAUGGCUGGCAGGUAAUUUUAUGCGACAUGCAUGUGGAGCAUUUGGAGAAACCAACAACAUGAAUGAUUCAUUACCAAACUACAUUGAACAUCUGUUUGAUUGUCUACAAAUAGGCAGCAAAUAUCACGUCGAAAAUGGAGACAUAUCCUUUACUCAGAGAUGGUAUGAAACUACCGUUAAUGAAAUAUACAAUACAUACGGCAGACAAAUGAAUCAAUCAAGUGUCUUUAUGGAAACUGCAUUUUCAAAAGUGAACAAAGAAAUGGUAGACAAAUGGGAAGCUGAAAUGUCUAAUAAAUCGAGAGUGUCAAGCGUUCCUGAUGUUAGCUGGUGGCAGAUUGGUAACCAGGCUGUUGCUAUGACAGAAAUACCUAUCGGUGUUAUUAUCGACAAUGGGGAUGUUUCUCAAAAAGGCUGGAUCAAGUACAAUGAUGAUCACCUUGGAAUACCGGAUACACCGGAGUACGGGUUUACCAAUAAUCCGGCUCACGAGCAGACGGAACAGGACGGAACUUUAUGGAGUACAUUAGUUGUGACUCACUUUGUUUCGCAAACCCACCUAAAAAUAAAGCGAAUCGUGUAUAAAGUGGGUUCGGAUUUAGUUCGACACGUCGUCGGAGCUUACCAUCACCAAGAUGCUGAUCUUAGUAAAUGCAAGGGGAAUGAACCCUAUCCGGAUUUCAGUUCUAGAUUUGGAUACAUGCACUCAUUCUGUAUAACCAAAAACUAUAUAAUCCUACCUGAGACUGGGUAUUUACACGAUCCAUGCGUCUACAGGCGCUACGAUAAGUAUGUACCAUUCUUUAAGCAAGGUUUUCAUUACGAGCCCAACGGGUUUACUAGAUUAUUAGUAAUGAGAAAGUCGGAUGGUGAAUUUGUUGCCAAUAUUACAAUGUCUCCAUUUUUUGUGACUCACCAGUUAGGAGCUUAUGAAGACGGAGAAGUUAUUAACAUGGACAUGCUAACAUACGACAAUGCCAACAUUUACACAAAGUAUACAUAUCUGAAAAAUCUUGAUAUGCCAUAUACCACUGACAUUUCCAGAAUCACUAUCAAUAUGACAGAUUUUACAGCGCGCAUGCGCAGUUUGAGAACUAAAGAUAAAGAUCUAGCAGCGUUUGAGAUGUCAAAUAUUAAUCAUGCAUACAACGGAAAGAAAUACACGUAUGGCUAUAUGGCAAUGAAUUUCGACAGAAGAGAAAGAAAUGCAGUAACAAAGGUUUGCAAGCUUAACGUAGACACUGGUGAAGAAAUCCACUACACUUUCCCCGAGGGACUGUUUGUACAGGAACCAAAUUUUGUCCCUCAUCCAAACUCUUCUAGUGAAGACGAUGGCGUGAUUGUAGCGCAAGGAAUAGAUGGGCGGAAACAUAAAGGAUUCAUGGUAAUCAUAGACGCCAAGACAAUGGAACUAAUUGCUCACGUGACGGCACCAGAUAUGACAUUGUUGGGUCUGCACAGCAGGUUUUUUCCUUUGUAUGUCGGAAGGAAAGGUAUAUCCGGGACAGCAGCGAGUCAUUCAUUUAACAAUAUUCCAGUGAUAACCAUUCUAAUCCUGCUGAUGCAUUACAUUCUUCAAACUUAAACAAAAAGGGUGACGGUGAUCGACAUUUGACAUACCGUUACUUAGAUAACACCACUAAGACGAUGAAUUAAUGUUCAAUUGUGUUCAUAUGA